GCAGUAGCUUCCUGCACAUUCAGCAGUAAAGUCCCUUGUGCUGCUGCUCAUUUGGGCAAACAUUUUCUCCUUCUGUAAGUGUGUGGAUAGAGUUAUGUCUUACUUCUACGGGCAACAUGAAAUACCUGAAGGAGAGUGUACAGACCCUGAUCCUAGAGAGGUGACUUCAGAAGACAUAAGAAGCGAAACAUUUAAUGCCCCACAACAAAUAUCAACCUGUGGAAGCAAUACUUCAGAGAAGGAGACAUUAAACCCUGAGGUAUUAGAAAGGUUGGAGAAGCUGGAAGAAGAAUGUAGGUCUUGGCAUGUUAUCUAUGAGGCUCGACUACAAUCUCUGGAGACGUGCUACAGUGUGUUUUCUGGAAGGGUCAUUCAAAAACAGGUUCCAGAGAAAGAAGAAUGUGAGAAGCUCAAAGAGAGGAUCAGAGAUCUAGAGGCACGAAACCAAAAGCUCUUGUCUCAAGCAAUGAGCAUGCACAACCAGUCAGAAAACGUGAAUGACCCUUUCCACUUGACUGCUGUUCUGAGUAUGUUUAGGACGCUUAAGUUACAAGAAUGGGGAAAAUGCUGGAGCAGCUCAGACCGCUUGUCCUAUUCACGGGCCAGCAACAUUAUUAAGAAGCUGUUUGAUGCCUGUGAGAAAGAUAUUGAGAAGAGAAAAACUGACAUACUUGAAAUCCUUGGCUUUUCAUCUUCAGAUAAUGCUGCGAAUUCCUGCAAACAAGAGCAGAUGCUAGGUAUAAUGAAACUCUUAAGAGAUGGUUAUUACCAUAGCGACUUGGGCAUUUGCGAAAUUAUUAAGCAAGCUGAUGUUCCUCUGAGAAGUAUGAAUCUAAAGCAGUUUGCACAGAAGUGCUGCAGAGUUUUCUGUUUGCUGCUUCUUCAGGACUCACCAGUUAAAGCUGUGUGGUACAUGGAUAUGUGGCCUCAGCAUUAUUUAGAGUACGUGGACCAGCAAGUCAUAACAUACCAUAAAAGAAACAAGCUUCAAAUUCUAUGGCCCGUGCUGACAGAUGGGCAAAAUGUCAUUGAGAAAGGUGUAGCGUAUGAUGGAAUGUAACAAGGCUUUAAUGUCAAGCUUAUACUUAUAUGACCACAAGAAGAUGAAAUAGCUGUUGUGCAAUUUGUUGCUUUUCUUUCUCCUAUGAGCAGCCUGCUUUUCAUAUCUAAUUAAAUGUUUCUGGCUUGGGAUAUCGAGAAUAAACUAUAAUCAACAAA